CCGGCAGGGAGCUGAGCGAGUGUUGGCCUCUGCUCCCAGUUCUCCCAGCUCCCAGGGUGGCACGAGGCCACUUCAACUGGCCCGUCUUCAGGUUCCCAGGGCCCGUGGCCACCAGGAUGCUAUGGGUGCUGCCCAUGAAUGACAACAAGCCCUGAAAGCUCUGGGGGCGUCACGCAGUCCCACAAACCUGCAUGCCCCACAGCCAAGAUGGGCUCAGCUCCUGGACUUGCCACAGACAGAGAGCAUAACACACACUUGCUGGGGAGAGUCUUUGCCUGAUCCGGGACUGCUCAGAGCACAGGAAGGUGGCCGGCCAGCUGGGAGCAGGAGAUGCAGAGUACCGUCAAUUACCUGUGGCACACGGAUGACCUGCUGGGUCAGGGGGCCACUGCCAGUGUGUACAAGGCCCGCAACAAGAAAUCCGGGGAGCUGGUUGCUGUGAAGGUCUUCAACACGGCCAGCUACCUGCGACCCCGCGAGGUGCAGGUGAGGGAGUUUGAGGUCCUGCGGAAGCUGAACCAUCAAAACAUCAUCAAGCUCUUUGCGGUGGAGGAGAUGGGGGGCAGCCGGCAGAAGGUGCUGGUGAUGGAGUACUGUUCCAGCGGGAGCCUGCUAAGCGUGCUGGAGAGCCCUGAGAACGCCUUUGGGCUGCCCGAGGACGAGUUCCUGGUGGUGCUGCGCUGUGUGGUGGCCGGCAUGAACCACCUGCGGGAGAACGGCAUCGUCCACCGAGACAUCAAGCCGGGGAACAUCAUGCGCCUGGUCGGGGAGGAGGGGCAGAGCAUCUACAAGCUGACGGACUUCGGGGCAGCCCGGGAGCUGGAUGACGACGAGAAGUUCGUCUCGGUCUACGGCACCGAGGAGUACCUGCACCCUGACAUGUAUGAGCGGGCGGUGCUUCGCAAGCCCCAACAGAAAGCUUUUGGGGUGGCCGUGGAUCUCUGGAGCAUUGGGGUGACCCUGUACCACGCGGCCACUGGCAGCCUUCCCUUCGUCCCCUUUGGAGGGCCCCGGCGCAACAAGGAGAUCAUGUACCGGAUCACCACGGAGAAGCCAGCCGGGGCCAUUGCAGGCACUCAGAGGCUGGAGAACGGGCCCCUGGAGUGGAGCUACACCCUCCCCAUCACCUGCCAGCUGUCCCUGGGGCUGCAGAGCCAGCUGGUGCCCAUCCUGGCCAACAUCUUGGAGGUGGAGCAGGCCAAGUGCUGGGGCUUCGACCAGUUCUUUGCAGAGACCAGUGACAUCCUGCAGCGAGUCGUCGUCCACGUCUUCUCCUUGCCGCAGGCCGUCAUGCACCACGUCUACAUCCACGCGCACAACACGAUAGCCAUCUUUCUGGAGGCCGUGUACAAGCAGACCAACGUGGCCCCCCAGCACCAGGAGUACCUCUUUGAGGGUCACCUGUGUGUCCUCGAGCCCAGCCUCUCAGCACAGCACAUCGCCCACACGACAGCAAGCAGCCCCCUGACCCUCUUCAGCAUGGUCAGCGAGACCCCCAAGGGGCUGGCCUUCAGGGACCCUGCUCUGGACAUCCCCAAGUUUGUCCCCAAAGUGGACCUGCAGGCAGAUUACAACACAGCCAAGGGUGUGUUGGGUGCCGGCUACCAGGCCCUGCGGCUGGCACAGGCCUUGCUGGCAGGACAGGAGCUGAUGCUUCGGGGGCUGCACUGGUUCGUGGAGAUACUCCAGGCCACGUGCAGGCGGACGCUGGAGGUCACGAGGAUGGCCCUCCUCUUCCUCAGCAGCAGCCUCGGCACUGAGAGGUUCAGCACCGUGGCCGGGGUGCCUGAGAUCCAGGAACUGAAGAGGGCCGCGGAGCUGAGGUCCAAGCUGCGGACCUUGGCUGAGGUCCUCUCCAGAUGUUCCCAUAAUAUCACAGAGACCAAGAUGACCCUGAGCAACCUGAGCUCUGAGCUGAUGAAGAACCGGGAUCAGGUACAUGCGGACAGAAGCAUCCAGCAGAUUCAGUGUUGUUUGGACAAGAUGUAUCUCAUUUACAAACAGUUCAAGAAAUCCAGGAUGAGGCCAGGGCUUGGCUACAACGAGGAGCAGAUUCACAAGCUGGAUAAGGUGAAUUUUAGUCAUUUAGCCAAAAGGCUCCUGCAGGUGUUCCAGGAGGAGCGUGUGCAGAAGUACCAGGCAUCCCUGGUCACGCAUGGCAAGAGAAUGAGGGUGGUGCAUGAGACCAGGAACCACCUGCGCCUGGUGGGCUGCUCCGUGGCCGCCUGUAACACAGAAGCCCAGGGAGCCCAGGAGAGCCUCAGCAAGAUCCUUGACUGGCUAUCUCACCAGCUCCUGCAGGACAGAACAAAGGGGGCUCAGGCCUCACCACCCCCUACAGCUCCUUAUCCUAGCCCUGCACUAAAGGACCUGGUCCUCCACAUGCAAGAGCUCUGCAAGGAGAUGAAGGUGCUGGCGUCUGACCUCCAGGACAACAACCGCGUCAUCGAAGGGUUAAGUAGGGUCCCGUCGGCUCCUGACAUCUGAACUCUGGGGGGUGCAUGAGGAAUCCUGAAGCAUUAGAAUCGUUCAGACACUGCUCUCCUGCCUGCACUGGGGGACCCAACACAGGACGACACCUGGUCACAACUCAUCAGCCUACCUCUCUCCUGCCUGACGGCCAGGAGAUGUUGCCAGCAUUACUUUCCACUGCCUUUCCUCGGGAAGCAGCACAGCAGGACCUGGGGCACCAGGCCAUCUCUGGAUCCUGGCCCCACUGCCCAGGCUGACCUUUGAAUCUUACGUAGGCUCAGGUGCAGCUCCUCUGUUGCCCUGGCCUGUGUAGCUGAACCUGGCCGGGCUGUGGGGAGAAGAGGCUUCGAAAACCCCUCCCUCCCACCCGCUCUGGUUUACAGGGCUUUGCUCCUCAGGAAACAGAAGAGGAGGCCUCCUGGGGUCAAACGACCUCAUCUCAGCCUUCCUUCCUCUACACUGAACACACAGCCCUCUCCCUGCUCCCGCGAUGUCUGAGGACCACCACACGUGGCCCCAGGCAUGAGAGCCCAAGUUCCCUUCUCCUCUGGCCUGGCUGAGCCUAAGGCUGAGAAAGCAGGUGGUCAAGGCCGGAUGCCAGUGUCUCAGGGACCCCUUCCCCUGUCCCUCUGAGGCACCACUAGGUUCUGGGGUUUAUAGCGGUGUCAACAGUAGCCGUGCCAAUUAGCACAGGCCCGUAAGUCCAGAGCCCUGAGGAGAUCAAGGCCUGCACCUUCAAGAAGUGAAAUAAACUUGACGUUCUUUUCUGUU